GUAUUUGAUUUGUUCGCGUGCGUUAUGAAUUGAUGUGGGACCAAAACAUAAGGCUUGUCAUAAUUAAAUAUGACGUUUAUGUGUCACCAGCCUGGCUUGACAAAAACGAGGACAGCGAUUAUCAGGACAGCCGACAAGGACGCGGGUACAUGCGGCGGGCGGAGAGAGCAGGAGGCGGUGCCCGUCCUGCCGCUCCUCAGUCUUGGACCGCCAUCCCGACCCUCAACAUGGCGCUUCUGACGCUCCUGCUGCUUCAUGCCGCCUUCGCCCAGGAAUGGAGCCCGCCCAUCCCGCCCCUCUCGGAACAGUCGUUCGAAAUUGUGGCAGUUCCGCAAUUCCCGGACGCGACGGAUUCCAUCGGCACCAUCAUCGCCACGGAAUUUGAGAGGCAGGUGCCCGUGCUGACGAACAGCCUGCGAGGGGAGGUCUCCUCCAUCAGGACCGACAUACGGCAGCAGUUCGACUCGCUGAGGAGGCACAUGGACACCAAGCUGGACAGGAUGCAGCGCGACGCGCCCAACGACGACGACGACGACGAGGAGAGUUCGAGUCUGGGCAAGGUGAGCGCCGCGCACACCGCCACCGCCAACAUCCGUCACAACUUGGCCAUGGCCGAGCUAAGGCGUCUGGGCGCGGACCUCACGAAGGCCAUGAAUGAGGAGGUCGGAAAGCUGCGCGAGGAGUUCCGCGCGUCGCUCGACCAGCUCAGCAUGCAGGUGCAGAAUGCGACGAACGACCUGGCAGAGCAGCUCCAGGAGGAGUUCGCGGUGAAGGCCGACGAAAGCACCAACAUGCUGAAGAAGGUAUUCUUCCUCACCCGCAACCAGAUGGCGCUGAUCCAGUCCCAGCUGAUCAACAUCAGCAAGUCGCUCAGCAGCCCCAACACGGCGCCGAGUGUUCAGAAACCCGUGGUGAAGCCGCUGUCCACUUCUCCCGCUCCUCCGACAGCCAUGACGACGGAGGAAAUCAUUGCGACAACCGAGAUUGAAGAGCUGCCCCGGGAUUGCUACGAUGCGCUGGAGAAGGGCAACGCCGUGUCAGGUCUGACGACGAUCCAGCCCAAUGAGGACAUGGAUCCCCAGGUCGUGUGGUGCGACCAGGAGACCGACGGCGGCGGCUGGACGGUGAUGCUGAGGCGGCAGACGCAGCCGACGCAGCUGGACUUCAGGCAGAACUGGAGGACGUACGCCAGUGGCUUCGGCGAUCCCAACGGAGAAUACUGGAUAGGGCUGGAGACCUUGCACCAGCUGACGAAGGACUCUACGUACGCGCUGCGGGUCGACAUGGCGUGGGAGGAUGAGGAUAUUUGGAAACUAACAUGCUCUCUGUCCCCCUCCCCCUCCCUCCUUCCUCCGCCCACCAGCGUCGGCCCAGAGAUGUACGAGCGCCGCGGCUACGAGCUCCAGAUCGGCGGCUACAACAAGUCGAGCACGGGCGGCGACGCCAUGGAGUACCACAACGGCAUGGACUUCAGCACCUACGACGAAGACAACGACGGGGCUUCAGGUGGGAGCUGCUCGGACUGGUCAGGUGGCGGCGGCUGGUGGUACAACUACUGCUACUACAGCAACCCCACAGGCAUCUACCCUCCAGCUGAUCUUCCCGCAGGAGCUGAGGUCGAUCACCUGCUCGAGUGGCGUAAAUGGCAGGGUUAUUACACCUACCUGUCUUCCCUCACCAUGAAAAUCAGACCCAAUUAUCUGCCCUCUAUUCAACGUUCCUCUUUUUAAUCCCACGGAAUAGAAAAAGGAGGCUCUUAAAAUGGGGUUCUAAAUCUGCAUGGAUUUUGCAAGUAGUUGUCGAAUGUAGUGAUACAAUGGUAUUUCCACCCCUAAAGGUAGAGUUGGAUUCACUUUAUGUAGGAUUUGAGACAAGCUAAUAUCUGGGAUAGACUUAUUUUCAUCACAUAGCCCUAUACAAGUAUGUGCAUUUUUGUACAUUUAAGCUGAUGUUGAAAUAUGACCAGGACCCUUUAGUCUUCCAUCUCAAAUCAAAAUCACACACGUAUACUACGAUUAUCUUGUACACUACACUGUAACUGGGGUUCUUUAGUAUUCCAUCUCGAAUACUCACUCUUAUCUAAUAUACAUAUCAAUUUGCAAUGUUACACAUACUCAUGAAUAUGAAAAUGAGGAUAUACAGAUGGGUGAAGAUGUGCCUACUCUGUAUGUAGGGGAGGGAAAGGUAUGUACCUGUACAUGUUGUUAUACCCAUGUGCAUGCACAUAGGUAUAACCUCUCUCUCACACACAUGCACACACACACACACACACCACACACACACACUCACUCACUCACUCACUCACACACUCAUUAGGAAAAUGUAAACUUAAAUUAAGAUGGAACCAAGUGUGAAAUUGUCUAUUGCAAUGUACUUGACAUCAAAUAUUUCACUGGGUAUCAAAGGAAUGUGGGAACUAUAUAGCCCUGUCAUAUUUUCUCUCAAAGUCCUCCACUCCAAAACUGUAAUUUUCCAUUUGAUUUUAGUAGUCAACUCAAUGUUACAUAAACAGUCGCUCUCUUUCUAGCUGUGUGACAAUAAUUAGAUUAAAUAUUUCUGUUAUUAUAUUAAUUCUUUCAUAAAACAUUACAGAAUCUUACAGGCUGAACACUUAAUCAUUCCAAUAUGUUCCUUCAUAUGGUGUAGAUUAUAAGAAAAAAUAUAAAAUCAUUUCUUCAUUGCAGAAUUUCUUUAAAUAUAAAACACAAAAACCAACUGUAUUACUGGAACAAAGACAGUUCAACCACACCUACUUUUAAAACAGAUAUAAAAUAUGUAUAAUAAAAAGGUGAAGGAAUAAAAAA